AUGGGAAGGAGCUGUGGGUUAUGUUGCAGAGCGCGGGGGAGGUUGGAGGUGGUGGGAAUCUACUAUAAGGAGGUAUACGAGGUUAUUAAGAGCGAGAUUAAGUAUAUUAGUAAGAAGCAGCUGCUUGUCCUACCGAGGGAUAGCGAUAUUAGUACUUACAUUAAUAGCCCGACGAGUGUGUAUAGGUAUAUGGAUGUAGUUAAUAUUGGGAGGGCGACGGAUAUAAGGGGGUCUAAGGAACGGACCUCUAGCGUUGCCCACAACCAGUCUGCUAAACGAAAAAUAGGAGAGUCUGGUGCUCGUUCCAGAUUCGUCAAUAAUGGCAAAAUCCCAUACAAGGACGCGAGUGGGUGCAGCUUGGACCAGCAGGCCUUGGUGUUCAGGGUGACGUUGCCGAAGAAGAGUAAGCCGUUGAUUGGAUAG